AUUUAUCUAUAUCGGGUUAUUUAGUUAUUAUUACAUCUUUAUUCUCUUUGUGUGCUUUUAUAUUUGUUCAUUGCAGCCACGGGUAACUAACUCACAACCAAGGAGUAGUAGACUUGAGCUCCAGCCAGUUAAAUGAUGAUAGCUAUUGGGCAACUGACCACAGAGACCAACAUGCAGAAUCUCUCGUCUUAUGUGUAUAUUUUCCCUCGGCGAGAAGAAACGAACAUGCGACAUGGAGAGACACCAGUAUAAGGAGAGGAAGAUCGACUUUCACGGCUUUCACAUGCACGCGAUCUCCUCGGGCCUUUUGCUGUUACGGGGAAAUACGACGGAGACCCCAUAACUAUAAGAUGCUUCCUCCGCCUUCUCUCCUCGUCUCCUUUCGACAUCUCCCACAGCUCCAGCUCUCGACCGUACAGACCCAGGACUCUUCUAUCCCAAAAAGCAUCUACCAGCUACCGUCAGCAUGUCUGUCAAGAUCGGUAAGUUUAUGCCUGGAUGGAUGACCCUGCCCGGCUGAAGCUCAUCAUACUGACGAGGAACCCGCCAGACGCUUUCCCUUCUUCCGCUGCCUUUGACCUGAUCAACGAGACGCUCGCGGCUAACCCCAAGGAGCGCGAGGCUGCUAUCAAGGCUGCUCAGGGCAUCUUCGCCUUCACCCUCACCAACGAGGCUGGUGCCACUGAGAGCUGGUACCUCGACUUCAAGAAGGACGGCGUCGCCUGCAAGAGCGCUGCUCCCGACGGCGGCAAGGCUGAUGUCACCCUCGUCCUGUCCGAGCAGGACUUUGCCGGCCUCGUCGCUGGCACCGCCAACGCCCAGCGUCUCUUCAUGGGCGGCAAGCUCAAGAUCCGCGGCAACGCCAUGAAGGCCAUGAAGAUCGAGCCUAUCCUCAGCAAGGCCAAGGCCAACACCGGCGUCAAGGCCAAGUUGUAAAUACUCUUCCUGGUGUUUUCCGACCUGCUUUGUUUUUUAUAUUUCACGACGAACGAUAAAAAUGGGCGAUAUAGCUUGAGGACUGGGGAGGAUGACACACCCCAGGCAAUGUCAGCAAUACUACUCCGGAGCGGAGGACCCAUGCUGGAGAGGAGAAUCUGUUCUAUAGACGACAAAAUGUGAUGUGUUGGUGGAUAUUAUAGGCUGUGUAUAUCCUCCUGAGCCGGGAGUUCUUCCUCUCUGUACAUUAUCAUCAAUAUGAUAUCCAUCUUAGACUUGUUUCUCCUCUGUCUCUGCUACCAGAGACAUUUAUAUCCUGUGUCUCUAUCUUUGUUCUCUACCACGCUGUAUAACACUUUCGCAAACUCCUUCACCCUGACCUCACCGUCGUGUCUUUAGCUUUUAUCCUCCCUGCAUCGUC